AUGUUUGAAAUUAAACUCAAUGAUAGAAUAACUGAAUUUCUGCGAAAGUUCAAGGAUAGCGCAAGAUCAAACGAAGGAAUUGAUGAGGACGUUGAUUUGUUCCUGCAGCGACAUGCAAUUCCUAUCCAGUCACUUCUUUUUUAUGUGAAAGAAUACAGAAAAGACAGCGAUCUACCUUGUUCAAUAAGAGAACUUCUGAGACCUUUGGAAUUCGAAUUCAAGCCCAAGACUGUCAGAGGUUCACACUAUUCAGAGGAUUUUAAGAAAAAUUUGGAAUUUCUGAAAUAUCAGCAACAAGAGCUUGAAUACCAAAGUAUGGUCAAGAGAAGCAAGUCAGUCUUUUCACUUCAGGAGGAGGAUGAGCUUACGCCUUCGCAAAUCAAUAAACAGAUCAAGGAACAAGUUACUACUGUUUUCAACGUUCUUGUAAGUGUCGUAUCGGUUGUUGUGGCCAUUUGGUAUUGGACAGGAUCCUCGACAAACUUUCCAGUUCAUGUUCGUCUUUUAUUGUGCCUGUUCUUCGGAAUAUUAGUCUUAGUGGCAGAUGUGGUUGUCUAUAACAGUUAUCUGAAAAAACUCGAAGAAGCAAAAGUAAAAGAAAAAACAAAAGUUGAGAAAAAGAAAGUUCUAAGCAAGAUUACACUGUAA